AUGGCGGCGUUCCCGCGUCUACCACAAGAGCUCAUUGUCGAGAUUCUAUCUCAUCUGCCCUAUGGCGAUCUUGAGAAUGUUGCAUGGACUCUGAUGCAUCCCCUCACCGAGAUUUCAAUUUCUCUCCUCGAACCAGUCUUCAAAUCCAGGCGCGACACUAAGCGACUGAUUGGGAGGUUUGGCCCCCUUGACACCCAUUCACUUUCUUCCCUCGCCCUCCUCGGUCAAGAUGGCAUUGAACGUCCAGAUUUUCUUGACCGCCUCGGACUCUCGCCGCAAACUGUUGUCAAACUCCCUCCCCGCAAUCGUCUUGCCAACCUCGACUAUAUGCAUCUAUGUGGCGACUUCAAGUGGCUCAAACCCCUCACGGGAGAGCUUGCAGAAGAGGCGUCGGCAUGGGACUUUGCUAUUCCGUUUGCGCGCGGUUCAAGCUAUGAUGACCUGAUCUCAAGCGCAGAUCGCGUAGGCGUCACCCUGCCUUCCGCAUUGCUCAAGUUUUUCCAGGAUGAAGAGCUGCAGAAACGAUUCCCUUCAGGCGGUGACAUAUUUUCUUUGAGAUCAGGUGGGCUACGAAAGGUUCCGAAGUCACUGGAUGGGGGUGUCGGGGGAUAUCAAAUUGAGAUUCUCCACGAUCACCAAUCGGGUCACCAGGUACACCUAUACAUCGAGCCCGGGAGUGAUGGCGCUAGCUGCGUGUUAAUGGAGUCCGGAGAGACGUAUUCAGGCUGUGAUUAUUCUCAUCAAGUCGAAGACGAAUACUUCGACGGCUAUGGGGAAAAUACGCACUGCCCUAACAUUACGGAGCAGGACAGAAAAGAUGCCAAGAAGAUGGGUUUAGAGAUUAUCCGCAGUCCAUGUUCUGAAUUCACCUUGAUUGGGCUUGAUUUUGAAGCUUGGCUGGCAGAAAAGUGGUAUGGUCAGGUUUUAUUUCAUCUAAGGUCUAAUGCAAGGACUGUGCCCGGGCUGAAAGAAUACGUGAAGCAAGAGUUGGUAUUAUAG